CCUAUAAACAUUACAUGUCACUGUUACAAAUUUAAGUGUCAUUAACACACACUCACACACAGUUGGUUGAUGUACCUAUAAUUGAAUUACAUCAGUUUGGAUUGAGUUGUUGGGGUUGUUGAACUUGAAAGCUCAUUGCAUUUCGCUCUCACGCAUUUUCACACACUGAUGAUACCCGUAUUGAAUCUUCUGUAGUGUUACCAUUUUCUUCUCUCUGGGGUGGGUUUUUGUUGGGUUAUUGGUGUUUAGCUGUUGUGAUGUGAAAGAAGAGCAAUGAAAAAGAUAAAAUGACAGAAAUGUAAAGACACUGGACUCUACCAUUUUGCCCUUCCAAAUCUUCUCUUCAUAUUUUCCUUUCCCACACGCACACACUGUGAGGGUGCAUAAUAAUUGACAUGUACCUCUUGAAUGUUGAUUGGGUUUGUGGGUUUUUGAAGGAUUAAUCUGUGGUUGAGCACUGAAAAUCAACUCGCCAAAAGCAAAAGUACCAGUAUUUGUUUCGGAGUAUUUUAAUUUCCUAGCAUACCAUUUUUAGAUGUUCGAGAGAAGAGGGAAGAAGUGGGUACAAGUUUGGAUCUGAAGAACAGCUCAUUUCGCUUGUGGCGUUUUAACAAAAAUUCACCCAUAUGUUAAAGCAGAUCCAUUAAAGGGAAGAAAAAAUUCUGUCGUUUGUGUUGUACAGAGAUCAUAUGCCCAACAGUGCAUCAUUGUGAGUGAAAAGAAGUCUCUGCAGAUCCAUUUUAAGGGGCUUCAUUGUGGUCAAUUUCUGGUAUCUGCAUGCAUAGCUAUCUCUGGUUAAAUCCCAGUACUUGUUGAUUUCAGCGUUUUGACUUGGACUACAGCAACAAAAAUCUUGGUCUCUUGGAAAAAUUGAUUCUCGGUUAAGGUCUUGUCAUGGUUGGUUGAACAGUGAGCAUGCGGGCUGUAUUUGAACAAGAGUACAACUCAUGUGGAUGGGAUAGUGAUGGCACAAUGAUGCAUUUAAUGUUUUCUUGCUGUUGGUUCAAUCAUAUGCACUUUAUUUGUUUCAGAGUUGGGUGUUUUUUAAAGAAAUAAUGUUUUUCUUUUGAAGUUUUCGAAAGGGGAAAAUUUUGCUUUUGCUAUAAUGAGUAGAGAUUUGAAGCAAGAGGAAAAGGAGAAGCGUUCUGAUGUGGCUGAGAAAGUUGUGGUGGCUGUUAAGGCAUCAAGGGAGAUUCCCAAGACUGCUCUUGUUUGGGCUUUGACUCAUGUUGUUCAACCUGGGGACUGCAUUAGUCUUCUUGUGGUUGUUUCUUCACACGGUUCUGGUAGAAAAUUAUGGGGCUUCCCAAGAUUUACUGGAGACUGUGCUAGUGGCAACAAAAAGUCGCAGAAUGGGACGAAGGCAGAGCAGAAAUAUGAUAUAACAGAUACUUGCUCCCAGAUGAUCCUUCAACUCCAUGAUGUUUAUGAUCCUAAUAAAAUUAACGUGAAGAUAAAAAUUGUUUCGGGGUCUCCAUGUGGAGCAGUGGCUGCAGAGGCAACGAGAACUCGAGCCAAUUGGGUUGUUUUGGACAAACAGCUCAAGCAUGAGGAAAAGCGUUGCAUGGAAGAACUUCAAUGCAAUGUUGUUGUCAUGAAGCGUUCCCAACCCAAGGUUCUUCGUCUAAAUUUAGUUGGAUCACCUAGAAAGGGAAAAGAAGCGAUGGACUCCGGUAAAGAUCAAAAAUCCAAAAUUCAAGAUAAUAAGAAUUUUUCUUUGAAUUCUACUCAAGGUCCACUAGUUACACCAUCAAGUAGUCCCGAGACAUUCACCGUGACUGAAGGUGGAAUUUCAUCAGUUUCAAGCUCUGAUCCCGGAAUAUCGCCAUUCUUCGUUUCUGAAAUGAAGGAUAGUCUAAAGAAAGAGGAAUUAUCAGCUUUGAAAAAAGAGCAAGAACUUGACAAGUCCAGUUCAGACACUGAGAGUGAAAACUUAUCCUCCACUUCGAGUUUUUUAAGGUUUCAACCAUGGGUAGCAGAAUUUACCAGUUCACACAUUCAAUCCUUGCUAGGAGAAAGCUCUGAACGAUGCAACAAUCGAACUCAAAAUUCUGUAACAAAGGCCUUGCUAGAAAAGCUUUCUAAACUUGAUGAUGAAACUGGGUUUGCAUCCCCAAGCUAUAGGUCUAAUAUGGAUUUCAGUGGUAAUUUGAGAGAGGCAAUUUUGCUCUCUAGAACAGCACCACCUGGACCACCUCCCUUGUGUUCGAUUUGUCAACAUAAGGCUCCGGUAUUCGGAAAGCCUCCAAGGUGGUUCACAUAUGCCGAGCUGGAGCUUGCCACUGGAGGGUUUUCACAAGCUAACUUUUUAGCUGAAGGUGGAUUUGGUUCUGUCCAUAGAGGAGUCCUUCCAGAUGGUCAGGCCAUUGCUGUCAAGCAACACAAAUUGGCCAGUUCUCAAGGAGAUCAAGAAUUUUGCUCGGAGGUUGAAGUUCUCAGCUGUGCUCAGCACCGAAAUGUCGUUAUGUUGAUUGGUUUCUGCAUUGAAGAUGGCAGAAGAUUACUGGUUUAUGAAUAUAUUUGCAACGGAUCUCUGGAUUCUCAUCUUUAUGGACGUUAUCAAGAUCCACUCGCGUGGUCUGCGCGUCAAAAAAUUGCACUUGGAGCUGCACGAGGUCUACGAUAUCUUCAUGAGGAAUGCAGAGUAGGUUGCAUUGUCCAUCGAGACAUGCGGCCGAAUAACAUCCUCAUUACCCAUGACUUUGAACCCCUGGUGGGAGACUUUGGUUUAGCAAGAUGGCAACCUGAUGGAGAAACAGGAGUUGAAACAAGAGUAAUCGGAACAUUUGGGUACUUGGCUCCUGAAUAUGCUCAAAGCGGACAGAUCACAGAAAAAGCAGACGUUUACUCCUUUGGUGUGGUACUGGUCGAACUUGUUACUGGACGUAAAGCAGUGGAUCUUAGCAGGCCUAAGGGCCAGCAGUGUCUCACCGAAUGGGCACGCCCUUUAUUGGAUGCAUACGCCAUACGUGAGCUGGUCGAUCCACAGCUCGGGAACUGUUAUUCGGAGCGCGAGGUCUACUGCAUGUUACAUGCUGCGUCUUUGUGUAUACGCGGGGAUCCUCAGACAAGGCCUCGCAUGUCUCGGGUGCUUCGAAUACUUGAGGGUGACAUCAUUAGGGAUUCAAGUCGAACGACCACACCUGGGUAUGACGUGGGAAGUCGGAGUGGCAGGAUCUGUUCAGAUUACCAGCUGCAACACGAACGACAUAGUGGUCCAAUGUUAAUAGAGGCAUUGGAAGGAUUUAAUACUAAGUUAUCACUCAGAACUAGACCAAACUUCUCGGAAAGAGAAAGCCAGGACUUCGUGUAAAGACGAUGUGUAAAUGGCUUGGCACAUGAACUUUAUGCACAAUUUUCCGUUGUCGUAUGCGUGCUGGUCAUUUUGUCCAAUGCCAUUAAGAUUUUGUAUCUUGUAUAGUAUUAGCUGCUUCAAAUUCUGUAAUUCAACCAGAAAUGGGGUUGAUACCCAAUGACUAGUAUUCAUAUUAUUGGUUUGAUGGAUAGGGGCAAUCUUAGCAAUGUUGUUUUAA